AUGGACUUCGGCGAUGUGCUUAAUCUGGAAGACCAGUAUUAUCAAGACGGCUUCCAAGAAGGCCGAAAAGAAAACCUUACCCACAAUCUUAUAGAGGGCAAACAGUACGGUCUGCAAGUCGGGUUUCAACGAUUCCUACUGGUGGGUUUGAUUCAAGGCUGCUGUAAAAUGAUUAAAACGCUCAAUGUCAGCACCUCUGUAGACAAAAAUAUCGACAUUAUAAUCGAACUGAUAGACGAGAUUCCCCACGGAAACGAAGACGCUAGUGUGCAAAUAUACGAGCGUAAUUUGGUAAAGCUUAAAAACAAGUUUAGGCUCUUACUCAUGGCACUCAGCAAACACUGGAAAAAUUUGUCACCCGGUUCUACCAACAAACUGGCCUUCGAAACGGUUGAAAACGUCUCGAAAGUGGUUGCCGGAGAAUUGAACGCCUACGUCGAAGAUGCGGGACUAGACGUCAGCUCGCAGCCCCAGACCGAUAUGUGGUGA